UAGAAACCUGUGUUAUCGAUUCUUAUCAAGAAUUUAUUUGGGUGCGGUUUUCUUGUUCAUAAUCAAAUUUACCUACACAUAUGACAAGAUUCUACAAUCUACCCGAAUACUAUUUAUUCCAUACAUAGAAUAUCAGCAAUUUUAUUCCAUUUCAUAAUAAUAUUAUCGACCGAGACCGAAAAUGUGAGGUUAACGUAUCAACAAACAGGGUGACAGUUCUCCUAUUUUCUAGGUACUGAUUUCUUGAUGUUUUUGUCAUAAAUUUCUUCAGAAAUCAUUUUAUAAUUACCAAUUGAAGUAUUUUGAGGGGUUUUUCAAACAUAGCUUGACGUUGGACAAUAAAGUGAAAUGCUGAAAAUAGAGUUGAUAUCUUGUGAAAGUGAAGAAAUUGGAUAAUUUUUCAUUGGACGCCAUUUUGACUAGUAUUUUAUAAAAUCCACUGGUGAGUGAUGUUCUAGCUGAAAGACGCUCGCCCGUGAAGCAAAGAUGGCCCCGGUUCCUAGACCGGGUAGCCUUAGGGAUCCCGACAUAGCUGAAUUGUUUUACAAGCAUGAUCCGGAAAAGAUCUUCGAAGAUCUCAGAGAAAUCGGACAUGGAUCUUUCGGGGCUGUCUACUACGCUCGUUGUCUCAUCACCAAGGAGAUUGUGGCCAUCAAAAAGAUGUCAUUCAUGGGGAAACAGAGCCUUGAAAAGUGGCAGGAUAUAAUCAAAGAAAUACGAUUCUUGAAACAACUUAGACACCCAAAUACGAUAGAAUACAAAGGAUGCUACUUGAAGGACAACACAGCGUGGUUGGUUAUGGAGUACUGCCUGGGAUCUGCCUCUGAUAUCAUCGAAGUACAUAAGAGACCUCUUAGAGAGGAUGAGAUCUCAGCUAUAUGUGAAGGGGUGCUUAGCGGUUUGAAUUAUUUGCAUGGAUUUGGGCGCAUACACAGGGACGUGAAAGCUGGCAAUAUCCUCCUCACAGAAAACGGCACUGUAAAGCUGGCUGACUUCGGUAGUGCGUCUAUUAAAUGUCCGGCGAAUUCUUUCGUUGGUACACCUUAUUGGAUGGCGCCGGAGGUCAUUCUGGCCAUGGACGAGGGGCAGUACGACGGUAAGGUGGACGUGUGGUCGUUGGGCAUCACCUGCAUUGAACUGGCCGAGAGGAAGCCGCCUUACUUCAACAUGAACGCCAUGUCCGCCCUCUACCACAUAGCUCAGAACGACUCGCCCACCCUUCAGUCGAACGACUGGAGCGACGUCUUUAAGCAUUUCGUCGAAGCUUGCCUACAGAAAUCUCCUAAUCACCGACUCACCUCUCAUCAGCUCCUAAAUCAUCAAUUCAUCACUAGAAAUAGGUCCCCAAAUGUUCUGAUCGAUCUUAUUCAGCGUACGAAAGCUGCAGUUCGAGAUCUUGAUAAUUUGAAUUAUAGGAAAAUGAAGAAAAUUCUAAUGAUCGAUAAUUGCGAAAAUGAGAGCACCAUCGACGUGGACGACACACCUGACGAACAUACUGGCGGUGACAGUUCCAAGAGCAAUUCUGUGACAUCUGAACAUAGCGUUCACUCGGUAGGCGUGUCCGCAAGUAGCCAAUCCAGCAGUACGAACAGUUUGCCAGCCGGUGGUGACGAUAGGAGAGCGCGUGCAAGCCUCAAUCACGCCGCUGCAGCUGCUGUAUCGGAUCAUGGUACCAACAAUUUCGCCACUAUAAGAACUACCAGUAUUGUAACUAAGGAACAGAAAGAACACAUGCAGGAGGAGAUGCACGAACAAAUGUCAGGAUAUAAACGAAUGAGGAAAGAACAUCAAAGUGCUCUAUGGAAACUUGAAGAAAAGUGUAAAAUGGAGAUGGAAAGCCAUAAGAACCAAUUGGAUAAAGAAUAUGAAGUGUUAUUGAUGUAUUUCAGUAAAGAAUUGGAGAGGAUACAGGCUAAACACAAUCAGGAACUUGAAAGACGGCAUAAACAAGCCUUAGCAACAGAAAAGAAAGUUUACAAAGAUAUCACACUUAGGCAAGAACAAGAUAAAAAAGCCUUUGACGCUGUUAGGAAGAAAGAAUACAAAGCUAACAAAGAAAGAUGCAAAAGAGAACUGUCACAAGACGAUUCCACACCGAAAAGGCAAAGAGACGUCACGCUACAAAACCAUAAGGAAAACUUGAAACAAGUUGAUGCGCAAGAAGAGCAGCGCUUGAUAGCCAAUCAAAAGGAAUACCUAGAACUGGAAAUUAGAAAGUUGAAAAGAAAAAAACUGCGCCAACAACAUGAACUUCAGCAGGAACUUUUGCGCCAAGAAUUGAAUAAAAGACAGUCACAAUUAGAAAAAGCCCACGAGAUGCUGCUAAGGCAUCAUGAGAAGACGAAAGAGUUAGAGUACAAGCAACAAAAAGCUGUUCAUAUGCUUCGAGAAGAACAGGUUAGGAAUCAACAUGACACGGAGUUAGCUAACCAACAGGAGUAUAUGAAGCGCUCAGAAAGGGAACUCAGAAAAAAACACGCUAUGGAGUUGAAACAACAACCUAAAUCUCUGAAGCAAAAGGAAAUGAUGGUACGCAAACAGUUCCGAGAAACAUGCAAGGUGCAGACUAAACAAUAUAAACUUCUUAAAGCGCAAUUGUUGGCGUGUACGCCUAAAGAGGAACAGAAGGCUGUUAUUAAAAAGUUGAAGGAGGAACAAAGGAGAAAGUUGGCGCUUUUGGGAGAUCAGUACGAACAAAGUAUUGCUGAAAUGUUGCAGAAGCAAUGCAUACGUUUGGAUGAGAGCCAAGAACUGGAGUGCCAAAACAUGAAGGAAAGGCUCAACUAUGAAUUAGAAAUUUUAAUGGCUUACCAGAGCAAGAACAAAAUGCAGGCCCAGGCACAACGGGAAAGGGAAAGAAAAGAGUUGGAAGAUAGAGUAGCGUUGAGAAAAGAACUGCUUACUCAGAAGAUGAAUGUUGAAACCCAAACUUUUCUUGACGAGCGUGCAGAAAGGAUAAGGAUACUGCACCAACAACAAGAACAAGAGAUGGCUAUAUUUGAUGAGGAAUCGGUCAGGCUUGGAUUCAAUGCCUUGGCGAUAGCAGAAUUGUCUAGAGAAACCUAUGACGAUGAGUCGAGUCUGUCAGGGUCUAUGCUUAGUUUAGCGCAUUCCAAUAGUUCCACCAGUUUUCCUCCAAACUCAGUCUAGUAAGAAUUAAAAAACGAUAGCGUUCAAUGAUUAUUAUUCUUGUUAUGACCAAUACUAUAAACAUGGAUCUUCAAUCAGAUUAUAUUAAUAAAAUACUAUAUGAAAAUUUCAACAAAAUAAUUUCUGUGAAAAUUAGUAGAAUUUUUAGGGUAUUAUUUUAGAUAAAAGAUGAUUCUUGAUUUUUUUAUAAAUACAAAAAACAAUGUCCUCAGAAAUGUUUAUUUAUAGAGGAAUUGUCCUCGUUUAUAUUAUAUAUUUACAACUAAUUUAAACUUCACAGAUGUAGUUACCAUUUAAUAUAUAUAUGUAUGUUUGUAUUUCAGUAUAAAAUGCUUUAAACAAUUGGGAAACAGAAUAAUUAAUUGUAAUUUCGAAAAGGUCCUUGUUUGUAUUGAUCAUUACAAUACUUGUACAUAGUCUAAUCUAGAUUAAAAUUAUAGAAAAACGUGAAUGACUAAUUGUAAUAUAUAUAUGUUUAUAUAUCUAUAUAUACAAACAUAUGUAUAUAUAUUGGUUUAUACCAUUUUAUUAAUUUUUUUAAUCCUUUAAAAACUUCCACUUUUUGAAGUCGCGAUAACUCAUUAUACGACUUUGUUGUUUACGUAAUUUGAUUUUUAUCUGGAUGAAAAUGCUCAAUCUUUGAUUAUCAGAAAAAUAAGAGUACCAUUGGUUUGGAACGUUGUUUAAAAACGGAAUUGAGUUUUGCUAUUUCUCUCGAUUAGAUAGCCCACGAUUAAUAACUUCGGAUGGUCUGAGAAAUUCAAAGUAGAUUUGCGUGUUUGUGUAGGUUCGAAAAGAAAUGACAGUAAUGAGUAAGAGAUUGAGGUAACUUCGCUUGGAUAUGUGGAAAAGUAAUUAAAAUUUAUAAGUGUAAAAAUGUUUAGGGAAAAUGUCCGGAAAAAUAGUGAAAAAUGUUAAUUUAUAACAUUGUAUGUACAUGUCAUUGUCAUAUAGAAGACAAUAGGUAUCACUCUGAUAAUUCCACUUCUUUGUAAAAAAUAGUCUUUCAAAUAGAGCACUAUAUAUUAGACCAUCCUUCAAUAGAAUCUUCCUGAUGCAAAUGUGAAACUUGCUGAUUUCAAAGACUAGAAAUGCCAAAUGAUCGAUUUUAAAAACUAGGAAUUUUCAAUUCUUAUAUUUUUGAUGUUCAAAAAGUUAGAUUAAAUAGUAAUCGGAAGUAAUAGUUGAUAUGAAUUCAGUGAUUCUUUUGAUUGUUCCUUAGUUUAUUAAGUAAAAAGGCAAAACUAAUUGAACAAAAAGAAGAGCUUUUGAAAUUCUAUAGGCUGCCAUCAAAGAAAUUUCCAAAGGGUUCAAAAAUAUUUCCAAUUUUCUGUUGUAGUUUUCGCCAAUAUUUCAUUGAUUCAUUUCGUGGUUAAUAAAAUAUUUUGGAUUUAAAUAAAUAACUCAUUUAUAAUACAUGACAAAAGUGUUCGUGCAAUUAAAAAAAAAGUUGAUCGUCUCAUCACAGUUUCUUUUUAUUGUGAUAAUUAUGAUAAUUGUAAAUAAAGUCAUAUAUUUUGAGAGGUGCAGAAAUAGUUUAUGCAAUUAACAUAUAAUCCAAAUUUUAUUGCAAUAACUGUAUAACUUUUAUUUAAAAAUUUUGAGGAAGCUGUAAUUCUCUUUUUGCAUUUCUCUAAAUAUUAUCAAGAAAAUUUUGAUAUUAUACAAUAUGAUAGUUCAAAUCUUCUAUGUAAAAUAAUAAUUGUAUAUUUUUGUUGUCAUUUUUCUAUAGUGUAUGUUAUAAUUGAUUUUAUAAGAGUUAAUGUGACACCCUAUAUAGCAAAGAGCAAAGCAAAAACUUAAUAAAACUCCAAAUUAUUCAAUAUUCUCCAGAUAUUUUUUGCCUUGUUAAGGCGUUGCACGAAUUAACAGUAACGAGAAAAUUCACGUUUCUAAUAUUUUGAGGUGAAUUAUUCAUUUUUCUCAUGAUUGAAAAAAUAUUUAUUUGAAGGGUGACAUGGGACGAGGUAUCUAUUGUGUAUACAAUUAAAAAAUAUUAGUAAAGAUUUUGUGUAAAUUUCUGAAUUUUUUUCUAUUUCAAAAUCAAACCACCUGCAUUUCUUUGAAAUAAACUAUUCAAAAUUUCUUGGAACAAAAAAAAACAGACAACAAAAUUAUUAGGUGAAAUAGGACUAAAAUUUGAGAAAUUAUACAGAAUGUUUUGUUUGAUUCAAGUCAAAAACAUUUUGUUAAUGUGAUUUAAUUCAAACAUGUUUUUCCAAAUAAUAUUUUAUCAUUUCUCAUUUUUGUUUGAAGUAAAAGACGCUUCCUGAAACAAUACAUUCUGUACAAAUAAAGCAUUGUAUAUAUUUCACCAAUAUCUGCAUAAAUUAUUGGGCACUGUUUGAAUAAGGGAAUAAAUGUUGGUCAAAUUGUAAAAUGAGCAAAGUGUAUAGCAAUGUUAUGAAAGCAACGAUCAUUUCUUUAUUUAUUUUGCAGUAGCCACUAUAUCUAGUGUUACUACAAUUGUAUUUUAUACGUAAAUAAAAAGUUUCGCUUUA